UGGCAAUUCAGGCUAACUGUAAGCUAAACACACAGCUCUCAGAAACUUCUCGUUAUUCUUUUAUACGGAAAUACUCUAUUCUCUGCUUCUGCAACAACAUGAAACCUUUCAACGCUCUCGCUGCGGCACUGGGACUGACUGGUCUAGCUCAAGCGCAUAUGGAGAUGACAUAUCCGGCUCCUUUCAAGAGCAAGUACAAUCCCUAUGCAGGGUCAGACAUCGACUACAGCAUGACGUCUCCCCUUGCGGCUGAUGGAAGUAACUUUCCCUGCAAAGGCUACCAGUCUCUCUUGGGCACUGCGGCUGGUGCACCCACCGUGACUUGGCAAGCUGGUCAACAGUACAACAUGACCAUCGCUGGCGGUGCAGACCAUGGCGGUGGUAGUUGCCAGGCGUCUCUUUCUUUUGAUAAGGGCAAAUCGUGGAUCGUUAUCCAGUCCUAUAUCGGCAACUGUCCUCUUUCGCCCUCGGCGUCUUUCAGAUUCACCCUGCCAGUCGACACCCCCGCCGGCGUGGCCCUCUUUGCUUGGACUUGGUUCAACAGGAUUGGUAACCGCGAAAUGUACAUGAACUGUGCUGCCAUAACCGUCAAGGCUGGAAGUGGGACGCUCUCGACACCUCUCAGCAAGCGCCCUACCAUAUUUAUCGCCAAUGUCGGAAACGGCUGCGGAACUACAGAGAUGGUAGACGUCAUGUUUCCCAACCCCGGGCCUAAUGUCGAUUUGACCUCUUCCAAAACUGGGCCUCCGGUUGGCCAGUGUGCAGCUGGCCCUGGAGCUCAGAUUACUACCACUACCACCGGGCAGACUUUGACGACCAAGAAGACUACGACGACAAGCAAGACAGCUUCAUCAACAACGAAAGUUCCGAUAAAAACCACCUCAAAGCCUGGCGGUGUGUUUGUCACCGUUCCGGGGUCAACAGUAGAGACGACCCUCAAGUCCACAACUCGCAAGACAACAGCCCAGUCAGUACCUACUGGGGCCACUACUGGCGUUGUUACCCCCGGCACGCCCUGUAGUCCUGAAGGAUACUGGAGCUGUAACAAAGAUGGCAAAGGCUUUCAACGAUGCGCCUCUGGUAUAUGGUCAGUUGUUAUGCUAGUGGCGCCGGGUACGAAAUGCAGGCCAGGUCAGAGUAUGGAGUUUGUUAUUGAGUGGGUAUAAUAGUAGUAUAGCAAGUAAUUUACAAAUUAUUCUUAUA